UUAUUGGCAAUGCAUCUCUUUCUCUUUGGUGCAAUUUUUGUUUCACCAAUGCCAUCAAAAUAUUUUUCUCCAUCUCCAUCCCCAUCUCCAACUCCGCUUUCCAAUCAUUAUAGUCCUCAUUGUCGCUCCAAAUGCCUGUAAAGGGCCGGCACGCCGCCCUUCCAAUGCGCGCGCCGCCCUACAUGACGAUAGUUUUUAACAAAGAUAAACCCUAUAUUAUGAUAGCUUUUAAAAUUCUAUCUUUAAUUCUAUCAGCGCAUUUUGGUGCCUCUUCCGCAUUGACAGACGCGGAAAGCCUACUUAAGUUCAAGGCCUCGUUAAGUAAUGCCUCCGCAUUAUCCGACUGGAGCGACAUGAUUAAACCUUGCUACGGGGACGUAUCAAAUUGGAACGGUGUUAUUUGCGUUAAAGAUUCCGUUUGGGGUUUACAACUCGAGACUAUGGGAUUAUCCGGCCUUAUCGACGUUGAAUCUUUAGCUAAUUUUCCUGAAUUGAGAACUCUCAGCUUUAUGAAUAAUCAGUUUGACGGUCCCUUGCCCGAUUUUAACAACCUUCCAUCGUUAAGAUCCAUUUACUUGUCGCACAAUCAUUUUUCCGGAAGCAUUUCAGACGAUGCUUUUCUAGGUUUGUUGAAGCUGAAGAAAAUAUAUUUAGCAAACAAUGAGUUCGAGGGUGAUGUUCCUUCUUCUUUAGUUAACCUUCCAAAACUUGUGGAAUUAAGACUUGAAGACAAUCAUUUUACAGGAAACUUGCCAAAUUUUACAGAGAAGUUUACAUCUUUUAAUGUGUCAAACAAUAAUUUAGAGGGUCCUAUUCCAGAAUCCCUUCUUGGCACUGACAUUACCUCAUUUUCAGGGAACAAAGGUCUGUGUGGACAACCAUUAAUGACGCAAUGUAACAUCUCAAACUCCGCUUCCACCACUAAAACUUCAAGCUCAACAAACAAGCCGCUAGUAGUAAGUAUAAUUGUGGCGGCCAUGGUUGUUGCGGUGGCUACAGCAGCCAUCAUCGUAGCCGCCAUCAUUUUAUUCAACCGCCGGAAAAGAACAUCGACACCAUUAGAGGCUCCAGUAACACCGUCAAACCUUCAAAUGAAAUCAGGCAUCAAAGAAGUAGAGCAUACUCGAGCGUCAACGGAGCAGUCAUCGAACGGGAAGAAAAACGAGACGACGAAGCUAUCGUUCGUGACUGACGAUAGGGAGAGAUUUGAUCUGCAUGAUCUGUUGAAAGCCUCGGCGGAGAUAUUGGGAAGCGGUUGCUUUGGAUCUUCGUAUAAGGCGGCGCUUUCGACGGGGCCGGUGAUGGUGGUGAAGAGGUUUAAGCAGAUGAAUAAUGUGGGGAAAGAAGAGUUUCAUGAACAUAUGAGAAGAUUAGGGAGAUUGAGGCAUCCGAAUUUGUUGUCUCUUGUGGCUUAUUAUUACAGAAAAGAAGAGAAGCUCUUAGUUACUGACUUUGUUCAUAAAGGAAGCUUAGCUAUUCAUCUUCAUGGUCACCAAGGAAGCCUGGAUUGGGCAGCAAGAUUAAAGAUUGCAAAAGGAAUAGGAAAAGGGCUGGUAUACCUCUAUAAAGAGCUUCCAAGCAUAAUAGCAGCUCAUGGUCAUCUUAAAUCCUCUAACGUUGUUUUAAACAAAUCAAAUGAACCUCUUCUCACAGAUUACGGACUCGUUCCUGUCAUCAAUCAAGAAAACGCACACCAACUCAUGGUAGCCUACAAGUCACCCGAAUACUUACAGUUAAGUCGGAUUACGAAGAAGACGGACGUAUGGAGUUUCGGGAUACUAAUUCUCGAGCUUCUAACCGGAAAAUUCCCCGCGAAUUUCCUUCCGAAAGCUACGAAGAAGAGCGAAGAGGAGGAUCUGGCGAGUUGGGUGAACCGUAUCCCUCAAGAACAGUGGAGAAGUAAAGUGUACGACAAGGAAUUGAAAGCAACAAAGAAAAGUGAAGGAGAGAUGAUGAAGCUGAUGAAAAUCGGGUUGAGUUGCUGCGAAGGGAAUGUGGAGAAGAGGCUGGAGUUGAAAGAAGCUGUUGAGAGAAUCAAUGAGGUGAAAGAGAAUGAUGAUGAUGAUGAUGAUGAUAAUGAUGAUAUUUCUUCUUCUUAUGGUAGUCAAAGUGAUAUCAUUCUUUCUUGAAUAUGUUCAUUCUUGCACUCGAACGUAAAUUCGUGUAUCAUUAAGAUGGCCUUUUCAGUGUAAAUUAGGGUGAAAGAUGGAGUGGUAAUGGGGAGAUUUAUAUAAUGCAAAUUUUUUUGUUUUUA